AUGUCGAAUCGUUACGGUCAGGGUAGACAGGACAAUCACAACAACAACAACAAGGGUUUCAACAAAACUCAGAAGAAAUUUGUCCCUAAGAAUCCCACUCCAACCCUUUCAACUUCCCUAAGAGAAAACCAACUAACUGGUUCCGGUAGUAGUGCCAAUUCCUCGGGUAGGGUUCAACCGGGGGGUGUGAAUGGCAAUUUCGUGAAUUAUUUGCCACAAGAUGAAGCUGUGGCUGCUGGUUUUCGUGCGGAGGAUGGUGGAUUGGAUGCCCUUGAAUCUCAGAGAGUUGUUGAUCUUCUUAAUUCAGAGUUGUCUCGUUUGCUCAAGCUCAAACCCAAGGAAUUCUGGUCACAAGUGGCUGGUGAUACCUCUCUGCAUGAGUUUCUCAACAGCUUUCUGCAGUUUAGGAGCAGAUGGUAUGAUCUCCCUCACCGCGGGACCAGAGGGAUUGUUGCUGGUGUUAUUUUUGGAGAGCAUGAUUUGAGCCGUCGUGUUUUCAUGGUAUUAUAUCGGAUGUCUUCUAAUAGAGAUCCUGGUGCUCGACCUGCUGAUAUGCUAAGUUUGAGAGAUCAUGAAGUUCUUUUGCAGGAGAAGAAGUUGCUUGAUUUGCCAAAGUUGUUUGAUAUAUGUGCCAUAUACAAUCAUGAAAAUGAAGAAUUGACAAAAUUGCUGGUCAGAAAAGCAUUGCAUGCUCAGCCUUGGAUGCAUGAUAAUUUGACUGCAGUAACAUUUCAUUUUAUGAGCAUUGCAAGCACAAUGCACGAACGGUGCAGUUCAUCAUUGGAGGUCUUAUUUGCUUCUGGAAGUCUUGAUGACCAUAAUGCUACUUUUCUUCAAACCGAUCUUCUGGAGGUGAUGGACUUUAUAAAUGAUGCAAUUGUAUCAAUGGAUGCAUUUGUUUGUGCCUACGAACCAGCAGCUUUAUUCUUCUCUUCCCCUGUUGAGAUGAGUUACGGGAAUGAGGAUCUGCUGGGCUUCCUUGCCAGAUUGCAUGAUUUGCUAAUUCCAUCCAUGCAAAAGGGGUUCCAUAUCAUUUUCGCGGACAAACAAGAUGACACCGUCUCUAAUAUUGUGGUUAGUUUGAAGAUGUUAAGAAUGAGGUUGGCGAAGUUUGGGUGGCAACUAUUGCACUUUUGCUAUUUGAGUGACGAUGUUUUCCUAGAUAGCAUUCCUCUUCCAGCUGCCACGAAGAUGUUUCCUGCCAAUGUGGAAGACCCGGUCAUCAGAGCAGAUAUUCUGGUUCAGACAUUUAGAGACAUCAAUUCGGUAUCAUUAAGUUUCCAGGAAAUCUAUCGGAAGGACACAUUUCUUCAAGAUGUCGAAAGGAAUUUCAAUAUAUUAAGCAGGAUUGAGGGAUUAAAGCAUAAUGGAUGGAUAAUUUUUGACGAUGAACAACUAAAAUAUAUAUCUGGGAUUUUGAGUUCUCCGAAGGAGAUUAAUAAGGAAUCAUACUCUGCAAAGAUUGCUGUGCCGAACCAAACAGUGCAGAUGGAUGAAGAGGCUGUGGUUCUAGAGUCAAAAAUCAGUCAAAUCAGGGACCUGUUCCCUGAUUAUGGUAAAGGGUUUUUAUCUGCAUGUCUCGAGGUCUACGACCAGAAUCCAGAAGAGGUUAUUCAAAGAAUUUUAGAAGGAACCCUUCAUAAUGAUCUGAUGUGCUUAGAUACUUCAUUAGAGAUGGUGCCACAGUCACAAGCCAAGUCCACCACUGUUAGCGGGAAAGAUAAAGGAAAAGGUAUACUAAUUGAUUCAACGUCAGUGUCCUCAAAUACAAAAGUUUAUAGUGGGAAGAACCAGACACAAGGGCCACUGAUGCCAUCAUCUGCUCCAGUUGGAAAAUUUGUGAGGAAAUCUAGAGCCGACACGCCUGAUCCAAGUAUUUUGGACAAUAACGAUGAGAAAGAUGCAUCGAGAAUUUUACAAUAUGAAUACGAUGAUGAGUAUGACGACUCUUUUGAUGACUUGGGUCUAAGCGUAGCGGACUCUGGAGUAGAAGAAAAUGAAAUACUUGGCGACGAUGAAAUAAACGAAAAAUCGGGUAGACCGAGGGCAAUAGGGUCUGGAAACUCAAUCCAAAAUGCCUCUAAUACAAAAUGGGGGUCCAGGAAAGCGCCACAGUACUAUGUCAAGGAUGUUAAUGAAGCUCAAAAGGAAAUGAUACAUGGUCUUGGACGUGGCGGAAACCUUCCUCUUGGUGCGGUACAGAAGUUGGCAGAUUCUUACAAGGGAGGUGGUAACCAGUUCCAUGUUUCUGAAACAGAAGGGAGAGGGAAUAGCAGUGGCAGGGGAAAGAGAGAAGGAGGAAAACAAAUUGAACAUAAUCAACAGCAGGGAAAACAAUCUGAUGUUUCUGAAGCAGAAGGGAGAGAUCAGGGUCCAAAUAACAGGGGGAGAGGGAGAGGGAGAGGGAGGGGAGGAGGUAGAAACAACCAUUACAGGAAGGACCAAGCCAUGAAGAAGCAUUUCUCUGGAUUGAGUGGUUUUUGA